AGUGACUCAUAGCAGAUGUAAGCCUCAACUCUACAGAAUUUAAUAGCAAAAACAAUCGCAGCCUGGGAAGGGCUCUGGAAUUCUUUGCAUCAGCUUAAGAAGAUUUAACAACUUUGAGUUCUGUCCAGAGGGUAAAGCUUCCAAAGAAUGAAGAUUUUGAUAAUGAUUGAUUUUGUCCUUGCCACUAGCUUGAUGGAUGCCAUUGGCAGCUCUGAUCUACAGAACUGUUUUCAAGAGCAGAUACGACUUCAGGGCCAGGUGAGGCUUCUGGAACAUCGUGUGAAACAGCAGCAGUUAAAAAUUAUACAGCUUUUAGAGAAGAAAGAGAUUCAGUACAGUGACAGAGGAGAUGAAAACAGUGUCAUUGACUUGGGAGGAAAAAGACAGUAUUCAGAUUGUGCAGAAAUCUUCAAUGACGGCCAUAAGCAAAGUGGAUUUUAUAAGAUGAAGCCUCUCCGGAGUCCUACUGAAUUCCUCGCCUUCUGUGACAUGUCUGAAGGGGGUGGCUGGACUGUUUUUCAGAGACGUUCUGACGGCAGCCAGAAUUUUGAUAGAGUCUGGACUGACUAUGAAGAAGGCUUUGGAAAUUUUGUUUCGACAAAUGGUGAAUAUUGGCUUGGAAAUAAAAAUCUUCAUUAUUUGACUAAUCAAGGGAACUAUACUUUAAGAAUCGAUCUAACUGAUUUUGAAGGAGAACGGCGUUUUGCACAAUAUGCAAGAUUCCGAGUUGCAGGUGAAGAGCAUUCUUACGAGAUGAGCUGUGGUGAAUACUCUGGUACAGCGGGUGACUCCCUCACGGGUGGAUUUCAUCCCGAGGUGCAAUGGUGGGCUGAUCAUCGGGGAAUGAAAUUCAGUACUAGAGACAGGGAUAAUGACAACUAUGAAGGGAACUGUGCCGAAGAGGAAAAGGCCGGCUGGUGGUUUAACAGGUGUCACUCUGCCAACUUGAACGGUUUAUACUACAAAGGCCCCUACACUGCAAAGACGGACAACGGGAUCGUUUGGUACACCUGGCACGGGUGGUGGUAUUCCCUGAAAUCCGUGGUCAUGAAGGUCAGACCAGCAGACUUUGAACCUAAUAUCGUUUAAGUAUUUUAUUAAGACGAUUUAUCUAGUUAAUCUUUUCGCAAAUCAAUCCAAAUUAAAACAGAUGGGCAGAUCUUUUGCUUCUCAUCUCUGCAUAUAUAAAUCUGGAAUAAUUCCUCUGCAACCAGGAGUUUUAUGAGAUGUAAAUGAGAAGGCAAUCUGGCCCAUGAAUCUGUAGAUACAAAUAUUAGUGCUAGUAUAUGUACAGGAUUUAUUUUAAAACGCAGGCGUUCAACUAGACAUAAGGACAUCUUCAUCAACAUGAAGAAUUUUUGGUGUUUCCAGCAUCUACAAAUCCUGUCACCUUUUUAAAAAACAGUAUUGUCACUGUCUUGUCUCAAAGAUGAAAAUUAAUUUUACAUAUCACAACCAAAAUCCUAUUUAAAUCCAAGCGUAGGGCUGGUUUACUCUGUGGAUGGAAUAUACAUUCUUUGUCAAAGCUUUAGAAGUGACUUGCCUGUAAAUUCCUCUGAUUUAUUUGCAUGUGCCGUGUACACAGCUUACAUAAAAAGUAUGAAGAAGGAGGCAGGGAACUGAAGGAAGAGAAGGGAUGCUACCAGGCUAGAAACAAUUGAAUGCAGAGUACAGUAGUGGAUUGUCUGUUGUUGCUCAAGCAUUUCUAGGGCUGGUCACGUCAUUUCAAUCUAACAUUCUGAUGGUCAGUAAUUAUGCUUUUCUUUUUCUUGGUAAUAUUUGCUUUUCAUUAUGCUUUUCUUUUUUUUUGGUAACAUUUGGUAACAACUUUAAUGUAUUGACAUUUUGAGUUUACCAAAAGGCUAAAUAACAAAAUCUGCAACUAACUUUCAUGUAAGCUGUGCUUUGAACAUCGGCUAUCAUACUGCAUGUGCAGACAGAAGUAUUUCAUAUGCAACUAAAAUCUGGCAUUUUAGAGGUUCUUAGUGCUUGACUCCAUAAAUCUUUACUUUCUUUAUAUAACUGUUGGUCUCCACAAGUCUCCAAAUUCCAAUGCCCUUCUCAGUGACUUCAACAUGGUUCUGCUUCUAAGCCUAUUAUCUUCUUUUCCUGUGGCCUUG